GAAUCGGAAAUUUUGCACACCUCUACUAAUUACUGUCGAAUGGUAACUUUACUAUCGAUACAUCUGUAUCGCUCACCUGUAAAACCAGAUACCCGGUCGUAUCGGUUUAUCGUUCUCAAGCUUAGAUCUUACCCAGGCCAAAGCAGGAUUCUUCAUAUGGUUAAAGCAGGACUCACAUAUAACAUAGUACACAUCUCAUGAACAACAAGGUUUUUGUCUUUUUCUUUUUAUGUGGGCCAAAUCAAUUAUAUUAAAAGUAAACUAAUGAACAUUGCUGCUGUAGUUUCAUUCUUUUAAUAAACCCAUGUAACUUGCUACGAUCCACGGUUUUGAAAAGGCGUGAUACCAGGGGUGAAAGUGGGCCAGAACGGUCAGGAACGAAGUUCCAGUAUAAGAUUCAGAGCCAGAACGCAGUGCCGGAAUAGUAUUCAGGGCUGGAAUGCUGUUCCAGUACACAGGAUUCCGAAAAUAUGACCGCAACUGUCAACACGCUAUGUAAAAAAAUGGUAAAUGGUGUUAUACUUGUAUAGCGCUUUCCCCACCUUUCAAGGCGCUUUACACUACAUUGCCAUCUACCUACUCGUGACACAGCACCAGGAGCAAUGUGGGGUUCAGUAUCUUACUUAAGGAUACUUUGGCGAGUUCAUAAGGGCAGAGAAUCAAACCCACAGCUUCUGGGUUGGGGGUCAACUACUCUUCCACUGAGCCACGUCAUGGAUCAAAUCUUUAAGAGCAUCGAAAGAGUUGAGGAGGCUUAUUUAUCAUAUUCAGUUUUAUUUGCUCUGAUGGGGAGGUUCAGAACAUCUUAGCUGUCAAUGUGCACUUUGGACCUAUAUUUGUUCAUUUACUUACUCAUUUCCUUAUGAUUUAAAAAAGUCAAUGCACGAUCUUCAAAAUAUAUUCCAUUUCACUCUGCAUAAUAUAAGUCAUUUGUGGUUAUUUUUCUGAGUGUAUGUUACUUAUAUCUUUAUUAUUUAAAAAAAAAAAGGUAAAUAUUUACAUUAACAUAAAUUUUAAUAUAUGAAAUAAAUGUAAAUUAAAUAAAAAUUAGGAGAUGGAGGUUGGGGUUAUUGCUGUUUUUGUUAACUUUUGUUUUGCAAAUCAUUGAAAAACAUACAAUCAUGAAUAAAAAUCAGUUUUUUUAUGUGUUAUAGAAAUAACUGCUAGAACACUUUUCUUUGCUUUUCAGUAGUUUAAGAGGUUUGACCCCCCUAAAAAAAUGAAAAAAAAAAAAUUAAUAAAAUUUCUGGCUCCGUGGCGACCUUCACGUCGGGGAGUUCCGGCAAGAAAUUUUAGCCACUUUCACCCCUGCGUGAUAUCAAAGGUACACAUCCGAUGUGGCUCACCGUGGUCCGCAGUGUGCUUAGGGAGCUUCUGUGUGUGCACAGACACAUGAAAAAUUAGAGGGAACAUUGCUUACAAUUACAUUUUUCUCAAAAAGUUCCUCAAGUAAAUGUAACAGAGUACAUGCAAUGCGUUACUAACCACCUCUGGUCACAUGCUGUAAUUUAUUUUGCCCUUUGUUGUGAAGUUGUGAAUAUGGUUAAGAAUGGAAGCUCAAAAGAGUAAAUGUUUGUAAUGUAUUUCAUUGUUUUUAAUAAACUACUAAACCAUGAGUUAUAAUGUUAAAUUUGAGAAUCGACGUCUUGCCUUUGGUUUGACAGCUUUGAUAGUUAAAGCUUCCUUCUGCCUUCACUCUCAUAGUUCUCACAUAAACAUUUGACAGAGAAAGAUACAGUAUGUGCAUACGUAAAUCAGCAGCUUUCACUUCUCCAUUAAGUAGCCUUACUUCCGUAAGCAGAGAAAGACAGGGAAAUCAGGCAUCAUGUCACAAGAUUUUUUUUUAAAUAAAGCUGCGAGGGGCUAUAAGUCUUGUGAAGAACGGGGAGUGUGGCUGGAGGAACACACGAAGCGUAAUCAUGUUACAGUGGUAGAGUAAUUGGAGGGAGUCAGCUUGAAUACAUUUGUGAUCACAGUGAUUGUAUAGCCAAAGGAAGGGAGGAAGGGAUGAUAGGCGGUGCUGCAGGCAUUCUAGAAGAGAAUGUUCACAAGUGGGAGAAAGAGGCAAAGAGAGAGCGAAGGGUUAAGUGCUUGGAAGUGUGUCUGGCAUCAAACGGGGACCGUCCAAGUGCUUGAGAGAAUGCAAUGGAGAGAGAUGCUGCAAGAGGAUGUAAAAGGGCGAGGCAUCUGCAAGAGUAUGUAUGAACUGAGGGAUGCAACCCACAACCAUGCUGAGCCCCAAAAUGAGACAGGCUCGGCGAGCACAUUCUAAGAGCAUGGUCUUUGGAGAAUUAUCCCCGGUCUCCAGGCCGUGCUCCCCUCUUAACCAGGAGAAGGUGCUGAAGGCAGGCUGGCUGAAAAGACAACGCAUUAUUUUGAAAAACUGGCAACUACGUUGGUUUGUCCUCAAGGCUGAAGCUUUGUACUUCUACAAAGACCAAGAUGAGACCAAGGAACAGGGUUUAAUUCCUCUCAAAGGCAGCCAGGUCAGUGACCUGCCCGCCAAUCACGAUGAACCGGGGCGUCAUUUAUUUGAAAUAGUUGCAGAACGCGAUCGAAACCAUGAAUCAUUCCUGCUGAUGGCCAACUCUGAAAGUGAUGCAGAAGAAUGGGUCCGAGCCAUACACAGAGCAAUAUGGGCCGUACAUGGAGGAGGUAUCUUUGGGCAGCACAUAGAGGAAACUAUGCUUAAUGAGGGAAAAUUUGAUCCCCAACAAAAGGUGCCUGUGCUUGUUGAACGCUGUACGUGUUUCAUACGUGAACACGGGGUUCGAGAGGAAGGUCUUUUUAGGUCCCCUGGGCAGAGCAAUCACAUUCAAGAACUGCAAGAUGCGUUUUAUCGUGGGGAGAAUCUGUUGUUUGACAGUACCACUGACGUCCACACAGUAGCGUCACUCCUCGUGCUGUAUUUAGGGGAGCUACCUGAGCCUGUGAUCCCUUUCACCAAGUAUGCACAAUUCCUCUCUUGUGCAAUGCUAAUCACCAAGGACAGAGAAACGGGUAUCAUAGAGCUUGGCAAGCAAGUGAACUUUCUUCCAAAGGUCAACUACAACCUUCUUGAACACAUCUGUAGGUUUCUGGAUGAAGUCCAGUCCCACUCUGACGUAAAUAAUAUGAGCAUCCAGAACCUCGCCACUGUCUUUGGACCCAGCCUGCUUCGGCCCAGAGUGGAAGACCCGGUGACCGUGAUGGAGGGGAGUCCUCAGCUGCAACACCUGAUGACUGUGCUUAUCAGUGAACACGCCAGACUUUACGGUCAAGACAACUGUGGUACUACGAUAGAGAAUUCUUCAUUGUGCAAAAACGACUCUCUCCAUAAGGGUAAAGUGGAAUGGCUUAAACAAGAGACAACAGUACCCCCUGUGGCUGAAAUACCUCAGGAAAGUCUUCGACAAUCUACCCCUUUCAAGGACGAUAAACUGACACCAUUCGUCACUACCUCGGAGAAGGAUGAAUCUGUUCUAAUGAAGAGAAUGCCAGAGGAGAAUGUGAACGGUCAAACAAAUGAUAAAAAAGAACAAGAGAGGCCCGCUAAGCAGUCCAAUGUCCUCUCUGCCGGGAAGGGCUCUUUUAAGGGCAGUUGCGAGGGUUCAAGGGGAAACAUUGGGAGAUCGGCGGGCGAUGUUUCAGUAGCAGGUGGUAGUAACUGGCUGAUGAAUGGCCUGUCAUCCCACCAAGCACACAGGCGCACCACCUCAUCUGUAGCAAAACUGGAAGACUCUGCUCCGUUCUUGACAGAUGCAACCCUUUCGCAUAAAGAGACCAUAGUAUCGCAAAAAGACCCCAGUAAAGACGUCCCUUGGACGCCGUCCUCUCAGAGAGCGCUUCACCAGUCGCACAGACUGUCUGCCUAUGACAAUGUUGCUCCUUCCACGCUCAGCUUGCCUGCUCAAAACUCUUCCAUAUGGACUGUUUUUGACAUCUCACUAACUGAGCCGCAAGACCAACAAAGAUCGCUGACUGAUGCUAUAAAUGCACUCAAUCAUGAGCCAAGUAGGGCUGAUGGUGAUGGGCUAACAAACCAAGUCACAGAGUUACAUGAUGAGCUAAAGGCACAGAGAGUGAGCUUUGAAUGCAGCAUUCGCAAGUUGGAGGAGAACUGUCGUAAGCACCGGGCCCAGAUAAAUAAACUCGAGGAGGAGCUCGACCAGGAGAGAAAACGUUAUCACAUGCUGGAGAUCCGAUUCAGGAACUCAGAGCGCGCACGCCAGGACGCAGAGAACCGAAACACUCUGCUCCGGAAGGAGAUGGAAGACUUCUUUAAGUCUUUAGAAGACCUGCCAACAAAGCCCAGCUAGACCCAACAAGUUUUUCACCAUCAAGGCUUUCAAAAACAAAUACUGUAUACUGUACAGCAGUUUCCCAAAGACCAAAUAAUAUUUUAAAUGGCCAAAUUCAUGAAGAUGACGCUGGGAUACUCACAUAUACUAUACAUACAGUAGAGGUCCCUCUUAGCCAAUUUGAUGCCAGGAAGAUAAUGGGAGCAGUGAGUACCACCAUACUGUAUUUUUGCCUUUCUUAUCUUGAAAUUUCUUUUGGAACAAGAGGCAAUAUUUUCCCAUUUAGGCGUGUUUUAACCUGAAAAUUCUUUAUGUAGAGACCUUUGUAAGUAGAGGUACCACUGUUUAUACAGUAGUAUACAGUGCUGGCCAAAAGUAUUGGCACCCCUGCAAUUCUGUCAGAUAAUGCUCAAUUUCUCCCAGGAAAUGAUUGCAAUUACUAAAAUGCUUUGAUAGUAAUAUCUUCAUUUAUUUUGCUUGCAAUGAAAAAACACAAAAGAGAAUGAAACAAGAAAUUAAAUCAUCUUACAAAAAACUCCAAAAAUGGGCCGGACACAAGUAUUGGCACCCUCAGCCUAAUACUUGGUACCACAACCUUUAGACAAAAUAACUGCGAGCAACCGCUUCCGGUAUUCAUCAAUGAGUUUCUUACAAUGCUCUGCUGGAAUUUUAGACCAUUCGUCUUUGGCCAACUGCUCCAGGUCUCUGAGAUUUGAAGGGUGCCUUCUCCAAACGGCCAUUUUCAGAUCUCUCCACAGGUGUUCAAUGGGACUCAGGUCUGGACUCAAUUGCUGGCCACUUUGGAAGACUCCAGUGCUUUCGCUCAACCAUUUUCUAGUGCUUUUUGAAGUGUGUUUUGGGUCAUUGUCCUGCUGGAAGACCCAUGACCUCUGAGGGAGACACAGCUUUCUCACACUGGGCCUACAUUAUGCUGCAAAAUUUAUUGGUAGCCUUCAGACUUCAUAAUGCCAUGCACACGGUCAAGCAGUACAGUGCCAGAGGAAGCAAAGCAACCCCAAAACAUCAGGGAACCUCUGCCAUAUUUGACCGAGGGGACUGUGUUUUCUUUGAAUGCCUCGUUUUUUUCCCCUGUAAACUCUAAGUUGAUGCCUUUUCCCAAAAAAGCUCUACUUGUGUCUCAUCUGACCAGAGAACAUUCUUCCGAAACGUUUUUGCCUUUCUCGGAUAAGUUUUGGAAAACUCCAGCCUGGCUUUUAUAUGUCUCUGAGUCAGGAGUAGGGUCUUCCUGGGUAUCCUACCAUAGAGUCCCUUUUCAUUCAUGGAUUGUGGUGUGAUGGAGUGUGGUGACUGCGAGAGCAGCUAGUUUGAGUAAUAUCGGCACAGUUAUAUCAGGGGUUUUGACUGGUAGUGUGUUCGAGGUGAUUACGAGGCCUGCAACGAUGCUGCCUGAUAGUACGGGUGGACACUGUUGUACUAUCGAACUGCAGGACAGCUUGAACUUGUUUGGAUGUAAGUCGAGGUUCUUUAACCACCAUCCGCACAAUCUUUCGUUGAAAUCGCUUGUCAAUUUUUGUUUUCUGUCCACAUCUAGGGAGGUUAGCAACAGUGCCAGGGCUUUACACUUAUUGAUGACACUACGUACAGUGGACGCAGGAACAUUCAGGUCUUUGGAGAUGGACUUGUAACCUUGAGAUUUUUCACAGUUUUGCUUCUCAAGUCUUCAGACAGUUCUUUGCUUCUCCAGUCCUCAGACAGUUCUUUGGUCUUCUUUCUUUUCUCCGUGCUCAAUGUGGUACACACAAGGACACAGGACAGAGGUUGAGUUAACUUUAACCCAUUUUAAUGGCUGCAAGUGUGAUUUAGUUAGUGCCACCACCUGUUAUGUGCCACAGGUAAGUAACAGGUACUGUUAAUUACACAAAUUAAAGAAGCAUCACACGAUUUUGCAAAGGGUGCCAAUGCUUUUGUCCGGCCAAUUUUUGGAGUUUUGUGUAAAAUGAUAAUGAUUUAAUUUUUUUCCCAUUCUCAUUUGUGUUUUUUUUAAGGCUGUCAAAAUUAUCGCGUUAACGGGUGGUAAUAAAUUUUUUAAAUUAAUCACGUUAAAAUAUUUGACGCAAUUAAUGCACAUGCCCCGCUCAGACAGAUUAAAAUGACAGUACAGUGAAAUGCCCACUUGUUAAUUGUGUUUUAUGGAGUUUUGCCGCCCUCUGCUGGCGUUUGGGUGCGACUGAUUUUAUAGGCUUCAGCACCCAUGAGCAUUGUGUAAGUAAUUAUUGACAUCAACAAUGGCGGGCUAUUAGUUUAUUUUUUGAUUGAAAAUUUUACAAAUUUUAUUAAAACGAAAACAUUAAGAGGGGUUUUAAUAUAAAAUUUCUAUAACUUGUACUAACAUUUAUCUUUGAAGAACUACAAGUCUUUCUAUCCAUGGCUCGCUUUAACAGAAUGUUAAUAAUGUUAAUGCCAUCUUGUUGAUUUAUUGUUAUAAUAAACAAAUACAGUCCUUAUGUACCGUAUGUUGAAUGUAUAUAUCCAUCUUGUGUCUUAUCUUUCCAUUCCAACAAUCAUUUACAGAAAAAUAUGGCAUAUUUUAUAGAUGGUUUGAAUUGCGAUUAAUUAUGAUUAAAGCUGUAAUUAACUCGAUUAAAAUUUUUAAUCGUUUGACAGCCAUAGUUUUUUUCAUUGAAGAUGAAGAUGCAAGAAAAUUAAAUGAAGAUAUGACGACCAAAGCAUUUGUAAUUGCAAUCCUUU